UGUGAUGCUUUAUGUAUUUUCUGUUCAGGUUUAAGAGCAGGACUAGCUGCUUCAAUUGCUGGGAGUUCCAUUAUCAACAAAAUGUUACUAGCAAAUAUCGAUCCUUUUGGUGCAACGCCAUUUAUUGACCCAGAUCUAGAUUCAGUAGAUGGAUAUUCAGAAAAAUGUGUCAUGAACAAUUACUUUGGGAUUGGAUUGGAUGCAAAAAUUUCAUUAGAAUUUAAUAACAAGAGAGAGGAGCACCCUGAAAAAUACAGGAGCCGAACUAAAAACUUGAUGUGGUAUGGAGUCCUUGGGACCCGGGAAUUAUUACAGAGAUCAUACAAGAAUUUAGAACAAAGAGUUCAACUUGAGUGCGAUGGGCAGUAUAUUCCUCUCCCCAGUUUGCAAGGCAUAGCAGUGUUAAACAUCCCUAGCUAUGCAGGAGGCACUAACUUCUGGGGUGGAACCAAAGAGGAUGAUAUAUUUACUGCACCAUCAUUUGAUGACAAGAUCUUGGAAGUCGUUGCAAUAUUUGACAGCAUGCAAAUGGCAGUUUCAAGGGUCAUUAAGCUGCAGCAUCAUCGAAUAGCCCAGUGCCGCACAGUAAAAAUCACCAUAUUUGGUGAUGAGGGAGUCCCAGUGCAGGUGGAUGGUGAAGCAUGGGUCCAGCCUCCAGGGAUUAUCAAAAUUGUGCACAAAAACAGAGCUCAGAUGCUAACAAGGGACAGAGCCUUUGAAAGCACUCUAAAAUCUUGGGAAGAUAAACAGAAGUGUGACACUGGUAAGACAGUUCUUCGAACCCAUUUGUUCAUCCAACACGCCGUUGACCUGGCAACAGAAGAAGUGUCGCAGAUGCAGCUGUGCUCCCAGGCUGCAGAAGAGCUUAUUACUAGGAUUUGUGAUGCAGCCACAAUUCACUGUCUUCUGGAACAAGAACUGGCCCAUGCGGUGAAUGCAUGCUCACAUGCACUGAAUAAAGCCAACCCAAGGUGCCCGGAGAAUCUUACAAGAGAUACUGCCACUGAAAUAGCCAUCAAUGUGAAGGCGUUGUAUAAUGAAACAGAAUCUUUGCUAGUUGGGAGGGUUCCUUUGCAGUUGGAAUCUCCACAUGAAGAACGGGUGGCUAGUGCCUUACAUUCUGUGGAGGUGGAGUUACAGAAAUUAACAGAGAUCCCCUGGCUUUAUUACAUCUUACACCCCAAUGAAGAGGAGGAGCCUCCAAUGGAUUGCACCAAAAGGAACAACAGAAGCACAGUAUUUCGUAUAGUGCCAAAGUUUAAAAAGGAAAAAGUUCAAAAGCAGAAGACAAGUACUCAGCCUGUUCAGAAAUGGGGCACUGAGGAAGUUGCUGCUUGGCUGGAUCUGCUCAAUUUGGGAGAGUACAAAGAAAUCUUCAUCCGUCAUGACAUCAGAGGGGCUGAACUUUUGCAUCUGGAAAGGCGAGAUCUUAAGGACCUGGGGAUACCGAAAGUGGGCCAUGUGAAGCGAAUUCUGCAGGGAAUUAAAGAGCUUGGAAGGAGCACUUCCCAGUCUGAGGUGUAAUACUGGUGCUAUUCCUUGGAAGAGAAGUAAUUGCUACUCAAUACAAAGUUCUUGGAAGCAAUUGGCUGUUCUUGUAGUUUUCUGCAUAGAUAAGUAAGCACCACUGAAGCACCUCUAUGGCUUGAUAUUUUAUUAUGGGUGAAAUUUUUGAUUUGAGGUUUUAGAAAAUAUUUUUGUGCCAAAAAUACAUUCCAUAAAGCCAUUUUCUUAUUGUGCAAACCUGAUAUGUUCAAAUAUGCUCAUAGUUGGAAAAAAGUAGGAGGCAUCCGAGAUAACUGCAUUGUCUAAAAGUGGAAUUGCUACUCACUUACUUUCCUUAGAUCUGGUCUGAUAGAGGGUUCUUACUGUGCAAUCACAUAAAGGUGUGUGACUAAAACUUCUUGGGUUUCAUUGUUGGAGGAAUUGGCUUCUUUCUUCAAAUCAUUGGUUAGGAGACAAAGAUAUACAUUAAGUUGUGGUUUGAAUGUUAGAUUGGUAUUACCAUAGGUUCAAAGCAUUCACUGGUCAAAGAAUAUGGUUAAACCAACCUAUCAAAUACUACAAAUAAUGCAGAUCUUAAUGCACGGAGUUCCUGCCUGGAUUGUCUUUCUUUUUCUUGCAUGUCAUAUUGUAACACUUUGGUAGCCUUAAUCUCAGUUUUAGUGGAAUUUGAUUUAUGACUACCCAAGUACCUUUUUGUUGGUUAAGGGACUGAACUUUUCUGUUCUAUAACGUGGAAUUUUAUAUAAAUAUUCUAUACCUAAGAUUUUGUGAACAUGUGUCUGUGCCAUAAUCAACAAAUGAUAUACAUCUUAUGCAAGCCAAUUUUAUUUUAACUUAUCAUACAUAAACCAUAGGUAUGCACAUUCAGAAAAUUGUCUGGAUAUUUUUAUAAACUUACAUGCUGUUAUCUAACAGAACUUAUUACAACUUUCCAAAGCAAAAUUUCCACAUUUUGUUCCUAUUUUUCAUUUCAUUUUAAUAAUCAUCUAAUAUUUUGUUUGAAUUUAUAACAGACUGUUGACAUCUAGGAAUUCUGCAAGGUCUCAACUGAAAUUUUUAUACUGAUURGUCACCCAGACUCACCCACUAGUUACAGUGACUUCUGACAUGAACUUCCCAACAGAAGAAAUUUAAAUUCUUAAGGGCUUUCUUCUUAUUAUUAAUAAUAAUUAUUAUUAUUAUUUCACAUAAUUCUUAUAACCUAUCAGGUUGAUUUUCUUUCCCUUUUUCUAAACCACUAUACAUUAGAGUUGCUCAUUAGAAGUCAACAUUACAGUUAUCAAAUAUUUGAAAGCCAAAGGCAUACAUAUCAAGAAGCCACAAAAAUAUUCUUAAAUAAACUUUCUUUAGCCAUUAUAAUGCCAAGAAAUUAAUUAUACUAUUUUUAAUGUUCUAUGUAAGAAAAAUAAACAGGGUACUGACCCAGUGUGACAGUUUUCAUAAAGUAACCUGGGAGGUGCUCAAUAGCUAUACAUGCACACUAGUGUACAUAUACACAUAUUUGUGUAUAUAYACCUACACACAUAUACAUAUUAUCUUGAGACAUAGUAUCAUUGGUAUUUUCUAGACAAUAUUCCCCAGUGUUUUAAGAGAAAUAGUGAUCGAGGAGUAUUUAAAGUGAACUAUUGACAGACAUACAAUUUACCUCAAAGGAACUUAAUUAUGUGAUAGUUUGUUCUUAUUUAUAACUUGGGUAUUUAACUGGUAGUAAAGUCACAAAAUUUGGAUAUCUUAGAAAUAAAAAAAAUGGGAGGGCUGGGAACAUAACUCAGUGGUAGAGCACUUACUUGCCUAGCAUGUGUCAGGCUGCAGGCUCAAUCCCCAUCACUGYAAAUAAAUAAAUAAACCCAAUGGGUCCCAUGUCUGACUUUUUACCUAAGUUGUGGACAAAUGGAAAUUUUCCAAAGGGAAUUUAUGUCAAGUAGUUUAAAGGGGUGGUUAAAUUUUAAUUUUAUCCACUCCUGUGAAGCCAGGGGUCUCCUUUUCCAGUCUUCUUUGUAGUCCCCACCCUAUAUGUUGUCCCUGCUCCAUGUGCUUCCUCCCUUUGAAACUAAAAUACCAGGUGCCAGAUCCCAGAACUCUCUUGAGACCCUGAUCCUGGUCCAGGUCUCAAGAAAGGAGGGGUGAGAGGAACUCUAGUAUUAAGACAGUGCUAAUAUAAAAUAUAAAAAUCUUUAUUGAUCCCCUCUCAAAAAAAUGAAUACCUCUUUGCUAAUAGAAAAGAUUUAUAAGCUAUUACAUGUUCUGAAUUUGAGUAUGAUGUAAAGGAUUGAAAUUUUUCUUGUUGUUUGACCAUUUUGCUUAGGUAACAUCUUUUAAUUUCUUUAAAAUCUCAGUUACUAGAAUCUUUAACUAGAAUUUUUCUGCAAAUGGCUCUUGGAUGAGGGAAAUCCUUUAGAAUGACAAUUUGGAUUUUUUAUUUAUUUAUUUUUUUGUUGUUAAAUGAUAGCUAUUUUCCCUGUAAGGUCGGUCUGCUUGUCUGCAUAUGUCUGUGCAGGACUCAGAUGACUUCACUGACACCUGUCACCAGCAUGGCACCGUCAGAGCCUCCUGUCAGCAUCACAGAGAAACCAUCUUCUUAUCCUAGUUGGGGUUUACAAACCAUCAAGUGGGAAUUGCUUCUCCCUGGCAUGGGAUCACAGCCUGGGAUCACAGCCUGCAGAUGGCUUCUCUGCUUAGAUCCAUGCACACGCUUACGUUGAGAAGCUCACCCGGGCACUGAUUGCAGCUGUAGCUGUCACUGCUCCUCCUCAUAGGUUCUCCCACKCCUGGAUAAUUAGGGCGUAGGUGGGAGAAUCACAGCCCAAAKCUACUUUCCCUGACUUUUACUUUCCCUGAGGAAAAUUGCUUUUCAAAAAGGAAAGGGACAGGGUCARUCCUAAGUAAAAUUCCAGACUUCUCAGUAUUCCCCAUUCAUUGUCUCUCCACCUCCCUUUCUCAGUUUCUUUCCUACUUUCUGGCUUUGCAUUUUCCCAUGCCUAACAUAGUAAUGGCUGCUCAAAGUCUCACUGCCUUCCCACCAUCCUUUGCCAGUCAGUUGCCCUGUGUAAAAUGUUCUCUUUUCUCUCAUCACCAUAGCAGAGUUUUCUUCUCAAUCCUUAUUCUUAACCCUGUUCUAGAUGGGGUCUUCCUACCUAAUGGGUUUAUCUGGGUAACUAAGGUGGAGCAUAGGAGAUUGGCUAAGCAGCACAGCUGAACUUUCUCCAGUCCCUCACUGUACUGUAAGCCAGUAGCAAUCCAUCUGCUUAGUUUCUUGCCCCUGUGGCAUGUUUGUUUAUUCAUGACAAGUCACAAGGGACAUUUCAGAAGACUAUGUACUGAGAUAAGUAAAGAUUACUGAUCACUGUCCUUCAACUUGUUCAUUUUCAUUUUCUCUUAUCAUUAGAUUACCCUGUUGCCAUAGUGCAUGCUUGAAGACACAUAGCACACACAUUAAAUGAAUCA